GACAAUUUAAGUCGGGAAACCAAAUAUUGUACCGUAUUUCUCCGUCCAAAUCCGUCAGGGAACGGUAUUCUUAAAUAAUACGCAAUAUUUAUUAAAUGCCGAUGGUUUAACUGGUUUAAGGUAAAGAAAGUGUUUAUGAAGGUGUUUGAGAUUUACAAACAAAUCAAUUAGGCGCAGGUAUACACUAAUGAGGGUCUAGGAUUAAGCCAAUAGGAUGAGAUGUAAACAACAUCAUAGGGAUGAAGAUAAUGACUUCCGAAUUGAGCGCUGUCGCCCGCACAGAAAAAGGUCAAAUGUGAUCUACAAAGUUUUUAUGAAAACUUCGAUCCAGAUAGCAAUGAGGAUUGUAUGUUUGAUUCACCAUACAGCCAAACGUACGAUGAGAAACCAUGCAUUCAAAGCCUUAACGCAGAAAGAGCGCAAGGAAACCAAGGCCAUUGCAUUCAGAUUAUCUCACAACUGGAGAAAACAGAUAAAUGGAGCAACUUCUUUCAGUGGCAACCAGAGAAUCAUGAUCUACUUACGAAGAAUGCUUCAAAGGGCUCCGCCUUUCAUGGCAAUGAUUCGGGCUACCAACAAAUUAAGAAAAGUAUUUCAAAGAAGAAACGUACCCGUACCAUGUUCACAACUGAACAAAUUAUAUCCAUGGAGCAAAUCUUUAAAUCCAGGCCUUACAUCUGCCAAGACGAGAGACAAGAACUAUCUCUUAAACUAAAUGUCAGUGAGAGGGCGAUCAAAGUCUGGUUUCAGAACAGACGGCGGAUGUCCGAGAGGAGAGAGAAGACUGAAUUACCAGAAUCACCUGUAUCCGACGAAAAUUGUGACUCCAAUACUGACAGGCUAGCAUACAUUGAACACUUAAUAAACGAUAGGACUGAUCAAUUCGGUAACGUAGCUCUUGAUGAUAAGGUGAUUACUGCGUUAGUAAGUGUUAUUGAUGAACAUUUACCUCGGGAAAGUUCUUUAUUAUUAAAUUCACUACGUUCAAACCAGCACAACACUUUACACUCGACUUCUCCAGAAAUUUGCAGUGAAAACGAAUUAAUGAAGUAUGAAUGUAUUUCACCGUCCAGUGUUAU